AUGUCGCCAGAAUUGGGGCUCGAGAAUAUCAAAGGAAGCGCCCGGCGGAGUCGGCGGAAAGGGGGAUUCUGGGCGUCAACAAAUACCAGAUCGGAGGGAUCCAGUAAUGAAGUGGAAGCGCAGGCUCCGGUCUCCAGCGGCCAAACGAGGAUAUUCGGGGAUGGUCACGUUGCAAGGGUUACUCUGACGCAAGGCGGACAGGUCGAGGAAGGAAGAGAGAUUGGAGAAAGAGGAGGAGGAGCGGAAGUUCUCGAUCAGCAAGACAGACGACGGGGCGGACAGCGACGGGGUCGUCCGGGUAAAGCCACUAGCCCGCUUUGGGAAUGGGAAAAAGGAGGCCUUCCCCUGUUGGCUCUAGCUCGCAUCGGCGGUGCCUCGGUGCGCUGGACAGGCAGAUCCGAGGUGCCUGAGAGAACCAAGGUCCAACCUUUCCAUAUUGCAGAAAUUUUCUUCAUGGUCGGGCAACGGAGUCCGCAACAACCGAACUGCGGGUGA